UCCGUCUUCCGCUGUGAAAGUGCCGUAAUAUUUUGGCUCUGCGCGGAUACCGUAGAGAAGUUGGUGUCCUGACGUCACCAGGAGCUAAACACUCGUGGUUUCCCUGUCAGUGCGUGAUCGCUCGGGAAAACGCAAAGGAGCCGAUACUAUGAAGAAUAAAAAGAAGGGAGGUCUCAGCCAGGCUGAGCUGAUGAUGAUGACGAUCUCUGAUGUCAUUAAGCAACUUCUGGAGGCCCACGAACUGGGAAAAGACGUCAAUUUGAACAAGCUUAAAACAAAAACCUCUGCGAAAUACGGGCUUUCCGCGCAGCCUCGCCUCGUCGACAUCAUUGCGGCCGUCCCUCCGCAGCACCGCAAAGUCCUUGUUCCCAAGUUAAAGGCGAAACCGAUCCGGACGGCCAGCGGGAUUGCAGUAGUUGCUGUUAUGUGCAAACCACACAGAUGCCCUCACAUAAAUUUCACUGGAAACAUCUGCGUGUACUGUCCCGGAGGUCCAGAUUCUGAUUUUGAAUAUUCAACCCAGUCAUACACUGGAUAUGAGCCUACGUCGAUGAGAGCUAUCCGCGCCCGGUACGAUCCGUUCCUGCAGACCAGACAUCGCGUUGAACAGUUAAAGCAGUUGGGUCACAGCGUGGACAAAGUGGAGUUCAUUGUUAUGGGGGGGACCUUCAUGGCUCUCUCCGAGGAGUACAGGGACUACUUCAUCCGGAACCUUCACGAUGCUUUGUCUGGCCACACAUCCAAUAGCGUUUCCGAGGCCGUACGGUAUUCUGAAAGAAGCAGCACUAAGUGCGUGGGGAUCACCAUCGAAACCAGGCCUGACUAUUGCCUGAAGCGACACCUGAGCGACAUGUUGUCCUACGGCUGCACCAGGCUGGAAAUUGGCGUUCAGAGCGUCUACGAAGACGUGGCCAGAGACACGAAUCGGGGGCACACGGUAAAAGCCGUGUGCGAGUCUUUCCACCUGGCCAAGGAUGCCGGCUUUAAGGUCGUGUCGCACAUGAUGCCGGACCUGCCCAACGUGGGCCUGGAACGAGAUAUAGAUCAGUUCAUCGAAUUUUUUGAGAACCCCGCUUUCCGCCCCGAUGGGAUGAAGCUCUACCCCACGUUGGUGAUCCGUGGCACCGGUUUAUACGAGCUGUGGAAGACCGGGAGGUACAGGAGUUACUCACCCAGCACGCUGGUGGAUCUGGUGGCGAGAAUCCUAGCGCUGGUUCCGCCGUGGACCCGAGUGUACAGGGUGCAGAGAGAUAUCCCGAUGCCGCUGGUAAGCUCCGGAGUGGAGCACGGCAACUUAAGGGAGUUGGCUUUGGCCAGGAUGAAAGACUUUGGUACCGAGUGUCGAGAUGUAAGAACAAGAGAAGUAGGCAUUCAGGAAAUUCACCACAAAGUCCGGCCAUAUCAGGUCGAGUUAAUUCGGAGGGAUUACGUGGCCAACGGCGGCUGGGAGACCUUCUUGUCCUACGAAGACCCGGAGCAGGACAUACUGAUCGGCCUGCUGCGUCUGCGUAAAUGUUCAGAGGAAUCUUUCAGACCCGAGCUGAAGAGCGGCGUGUCCAUCGUGCGCGAGCUGCACGUUUACGGCAGCGUGGUCCCCGUCAGCAGUCGCGAUCCUUCCAAGUUUCAGCAUCAGGGCUUCGGAAUGCUGCUAAUGGAGGAAGCUGAGCGGAUAGCGAGAGAUGAACAUGGUUCCUGGAAAAUCGCGGUUAUUUCAGGUGUUGGCACCAGGAAUUAUUACCGGAAAAUUGGUUACGAAUUAGAAGGUCCGUACAUGGUGAAGAGACUGGACUGACUGCAGAAACCGCAAAUUAUAUGCUGGCCGCUCCUCUGCAAAACAAAUAAAAAACCUUAUUUAAGUUUAGUUAUACUUUUAUUAUAUGACUGUGUAAAGAAAUAAAAACUCCACGUUCUCUGUUUUAAUGAGGUCCCCUGUAAAUUAACAAAACUUUAUCGCAUAUGUAGAAUGUUUUGUGUUGAUUCCACAGGAAAUCUUUGAAUUUUAGUAAAAGCUGGGAGAGGCAUUUUUCCCCAAAUUGAUUGCUUGGCUUCAAAAAAAGGUGUUUCACAAGGUGCCUUAUCUGUAAUCACGUUUAAGGACAGAUCUCCAAUAGAGCCUUCAGAAUAUUAAGGCGAACAUUAACCAGUUCCUU